CAGUAUUUAAAGUAGGAAGUAUAAAACUAAUCAUAUCUGAGAUAAUCUGUUAAAAUUUGGAGUAUCUCUUGACUAUUCUAAAUAUAUAUACAUACACAUACAUAUGUUUAUAUUGGAAAUACCAUAAUAUUAAUGGUAUGAAUGUCAUUACUUAUCAAUAUGUAGAGAUCUACUUCAUCAUUUUUGACAGUUUGGUGUUGAAACACCAAGUUUGGUGUUGAUAUUCCAUAGAUCCUCAAUUUAUAAAAACUAGGUUUUUAAUAUUCUGGUAUUAUAAACAUUAUUAUUUAUUUUAAAGAGGAUAAAACCAAGGAAUAUAAAACCAAUCAAAACAAACCAGUAUAAGAGAUACAGAACUUCAAACAUUACAAAAUCAACAAUAGUUACCAUAAUGUCUUUAGUUGUCUCCAAAAUACCUACAGAUACUUUUGGACACAGUAAAAAUCAAACAACAGAAUAGAAUAGAAACAAUGAAAAGAAAACAGUUAAUGCAACAAAAGACUUAAAAACAGACCUAUAAUAAAUUUAAAAUGGCUACCAUAAUGUAACUUGCCAUCUUUGAAAUAGCUGUUCAUGCCAUUGGAUUUAAUAGAAUCAAAAGAGAAUAAAACCCAACCCAACAAAUAAAUGAAAACAAUGUAGGGUUUCAAAACAAGACAAUAGGGAAUCAACAAUGCCUACCACCCUCUGAAGGAGAUCUCCCCCAGAUGCCACAUUGCAAACCACUAUUGUCAGAACAAAUAAUCAGACCACUGGCCCUAGACCUGCAAGGUCAGUGAAACACCAGAGCGCGCACACACAGGCAUCCAAUUGCAUUUCACUUUGAUGGCUAUCUUCACAGACUGUUUUUCUCUGGAUAAGCUGCUCACUUAUGGCCUGGUGGGGAGGGAGUGGAUUGCUACUUCUUGUUUGCCAGCCCCACACACUGGAAGGGGCGGGGGUCUGACUGUUCCCAGUCUAGCAGCAACCAGCACUGGCAUCGGUUCCUAGGUGGGGCUUGCUUUCUGAUAUGGCCUUGUUCUUUCCUGCAGAAGUCCACAAAUGGCCUAUAGACAAUAUUAUUAAAAAGCAAAACUUCGAAGGAAAACAAGCCUGAAUAAAUUUUCCCAAACUCCCCUCCCUGAAAGUACAUUUCUGUGUGAUUACGAAUACAGUUAACAACUAUACUCCUGCAAACUGAGUUCUGCGGCAUCCUGUUCCCACCACAAUCUGUUUUCCUUUAAGGCUAUUCCUGCUCUGUUCCUGAUAAGAAUGACAAUUAUGGUCCUAAAGAAUGCAUCCUAUAAUUCCCUAUGGUGUCCUUUGCAACAUCUAGGUUUACGACAUCCUCCUGUCUCCACAAAGUUCAAAGAUUCAAAAGGUUACAAAACUGUCACUGUGUGAAUAACUGCCUUUGUUUAUGUUCUCACCUGUUUUGGUGUCACUAACUGAUACUAACCCCUCCCCUCCCCUAUUGCCAUAUACAUAAAACCUGCAACCUUUCCUUUGUUCUCAGUCUUUUGGACACAAGUCCAACUGAGUCAAGUGUAUCUAAUGGUCUCUUCUGUCUCUUAAUAUUCUGCAGCAUUCUAAUGUAGAUUCUUAUGUAUAUACCUUUGAUAUUCAUGUUUUCUUAAAAUGAUUUUCUAAAGUGGAAUUGCUGGAUUGAAGGGUAUGAAUUUUUUUUUAUCUUAUCCUUUUCUUAGUGCUCCGUAUCGCCAAAUUGACCUCCAAAAAUCAAUGAACUAAUUACAUUCUUAUCAUCACAGUGUAGUGUUCAGAGCAGGAAACACUAGUCCAACCUGAAGUUUACAAGAGGCUUCUUAGAGGAGGUGACCCUAGCUCGAAUCUUGAUGAAAUUCUGGUUAUGAAAACAGUGGAUAAAACUGGGGAGUCAGUCUAUCAGCCAAGCACUGCAAAGCUCUGUGUUCAUUCCAUCACCACCAGAAAAGGAAGAAGAAGAAAAAAAAAAAUACCUAAGGAGCCACAAGUAAAUGAUCCAUAGGGAGCCAGGAACCCAGAGUGUCAGGCUGAAUUUCCAUACUGUGUGCCUGCCAUUGCCUCCAUUAGGUAUCACUGGCGUAUUGGUAUUGUAUCAUUGGUAGAUAGAAUGACACUCUUUUGGCAGGGACUGGUCACGGGCCUGAAUUUGGACCCCUACUAAUGCAUUUUCCUUCACCAACCCACUACCAAGAGGCCCAUAAAAACAGAAAAUUUAUUCACAAUUUGGUCAAAUUGUGGUUAUACCCACCCCUGUCUAAACACAGAAGCACUUUAACAGGAGGGGUAGAACAAAAGCCAAAAAACAGGUGUACGUAGGUUCAGCCAGGGUUUGGCACACCAGCAGGCCUGGAGAAAUGUUGAAUGAUUAUGACCCUUGAAACUUUCUUGGCACCGGGAAUGGGGUAGAAGUUUGUCUUUUAGCACAAGGAAGCUGGAGAAAAAACUUCCCCCGUUUAUUUAUUUACUUCUGUUUAAUGGUACGAGGGUAUUUGCCCUAAACUAUACCCCAGCAUUUAUUUAUUUAAAAUCCUGAGAGAGGGUCUCUAAACUGAUAAAUUAUGAUCUUUCUCCUCGUGUUUCAGCCCCCCGCAGAGUGCUGGAAUUGUAGGCGUGCACCACUAUGCCCAGCUGCAGCUUCCUGAUUUUAAAGCUCCAUUUCAGCAUCUUGGUUUCAUGUCUUUUUUUUUUUCCCCCCACUCUUAUUUGUGCAUCUAUCAGAAGACUUCAUUUCCUGGUCUUGAGGAAACAGAAACAAUGGCUAUGGGGCGUGCUCCUUCAGAGAUUCUAGAAAAACAACAAAAAGAGUUGCCUAAACUCCUCCAAGAAGAUCCUGCUACUAUUUUUGAUGAGUUAACCUCUCAGAGGCUGAUUUCUGAGGACGAGCAUGAGACUCUAGAAGACGUUGUGGAUCCCCUGAAGAAAAGUCAGAAGCUGUUAAAUUUAGUAGAGAAAAAGGGGGUGGGGGUUGAAAGAGUUGCUGGCCCAGAUGGACCCCCCGCCCCCUAUGGACUUGAUUGUAACCCUAUAUCCCCAUCCUUAAGAAUCUGUGCGCCAAUGAGAUACCUGUGCAUCUCUAAUGGCCUUUGGGGCACUGCCCUAAGCUUAGGCUAUUUAGAUUCCCCCACGCCACGUGUCCGAGGGAGUUCGCCAGAGAGAGAGUUCGCCAGAGAGAGAGAGAGCUUGCCAGAAUCCAGCGGCCAGCGCCUGCCAGCGCGCCAGUCUCCACUCCCCGUGUUCCCGGAGAGACCACAGCCUGGCCCCGGGCUCGGUGUAGAGAUGCUGUGCCCCGGGACCGGCGGCGGGGGGCCCCUUCCCCGCAUUCCCGGAAUAAAGUCACCGCUGCCCACUACUUUCACGGCCAUCCACUCCGCUCCAUUCCUCCCAUGGACUUCUCCUCUCCUCUCCCUUCUCUCAGACCUAACAGGGGUGAGCUGCCACAAUUUUCUCCAGUGCUUAUCAAGGACUUUUCCAGAGUCUGCUACCACUUGGGGCUUAAGCCAUGAAUUUUUAAACCAUGAGAGUGUAACAUCUUUUCAAUCUAAGGGACAAAGCAAGAAUUCACAAGAUACUUCUUCCUUUGGAAAGAAAAAGCUUGAGAGCCCUGGGGUUCCUCUGUCCCCCAUAGAGAAAGAACACUUAGAUUUGAAAAGCUUGGCACUCUCCAAAGACAAGAAAACUAAUCAGAGAGAAAGUGCUUUGUCCUCCAGGGACAAUGAGGAAACAUGUGAUACUCCAAAAGUCACAUUAAUAUAUUCAGUUGAGAAAGCUGAAUAUGAAACUCCAAUAACUAUUAGUUUUAAGGAUGGACAAAGAUAUGAGGAGCCAGAUGAUACUUUAUACUUAGAUGAAGAGGAAUAUCAAGAAUCUGUUGGAUACUCUGAAGACGCAGAAACCACCGUGAAAAAGAGGGGCUAUAAUGACUCAGAAGGCAUCCUGUAUGGUGGUGAAGAGGACUCUGCAUAUUCAAAAACCACAGGCUUCUCUGAUGAAGAACUCAGUUAUAAGUAUUUAGAAACCAACAUCUCCCUGGAAGAAGAAGAGAAAUGUAUGGAAGAAAGAAAAAAAGUGUUUAGAGAUGUCCUGUCCUGUUUGAACAUGGAUAGAAGCAGAAAGCUUCUGCCAGGUUUUGUUAAACAAUUUGCCUUAGACCAAGGAUAUGGGUGGACACCUAAGACUUCAAGAGACUUAGUUUGGAACUUCCUGAUGAAAGUUCAAGCACUGGGUGUGAGAGCCAGAGAUUCGCUCCUCAGGCACCAGGUUCUGGAUGAAAGCAGUAAAGAGGAAUUGCUGAAUGGAAUGGAAAAUUUGGAAAUUAGAGACACACAAGCCAUUAAUCCCCUUGACAUCUUCUGUGCUUGCAUGCUCUGUUCAGACAGCUCUCAUGUCAUGUCAAACAUUCAAUGCCAGUUUGCCCUUCCUCUGCUACUGCCUGAUGCUGAAAAUAAUGAAAGCAUCCUAAUGCUAGGGGCAAUGAAGGACAUUGUGAAGGAACAGUCAACACAGUUCUCAAGGAGGCUCACAGGGGCUACCAAAACAUUUUUGAGUCUCAUGAAGAUGCCUGUCAUCUCUUUUGUGCGUCUAGGACAUUGUAGCUUCUCCAAGUCCAGAAUCCUUAACACAUUGCUUAGCCCUACCAAAGUGAAAUCACACAAAAUCUUUCUCCAUCAGGAUUUUUCUGGUGUGGUACUUCCUCGACAAAUCUCUGACGGGCUGGUUGAGAUAACAUGGUGUUUCCCUGAUGAUCUAAAGGAAAACCCUUGUUUUUUCCAACAGCCUGUGGCUUUGGCCACCCUUCGUGGAGAUCUCCAAAACUUAUGGACACAGUUUGGUUUUUUGAUGGAAAUUUCCUCAUCUGUGUUCUUUUUUACUGACAGCUCAGGUGAGAAGGAAUGGAACUUGCUAAUGUUCUUAGGCGAAGCUGCCAUUGAAAGAUGCUACUUUGUUGUCAGCUCCCAAGCCAGGGAGAGUGAAGAGGCUCAGAUUUUCCAGAGGAUCCUGAAUUUGAAGCCAUCACAGCUGCUGUUCUGGGAAGGGGAGGCAGCUGGGGGUAGGAGGAAGAACACAGAGAGCUUUCAAACUGCCCUCCAGGAAGUGAUGUCUUCUUUACUCAGAAAUUUGUCUGUGGAGGACAUGGCCUCCCUGACCAGGGAGUUGGGGAUUCAAGUGGACCAAGACUUUGAGAAUGCUCAAGGAAUGCAAAUCUCCUCUACUGCAAACACAGCUGGAACAGCGAAAGGACAACAAAGGCAUAGUCAGCCAGAAAGCUCAUCUAAAAGCCAAACUCAGUAGAUGCCUGUGAGAGAGUCUGGGGCUAGAUGUGAAGUCAGGCAGAAUUUUCACAAUUUUCACCACCCUCCAGCUUUGAUGCCUCAUCCAGAAAAAUCCUGGCUCUUGUCAGUUGGAGAUAACUUUAAUCAUCCUUCCUUGAAAGCCCCUAGAUUUACAGGCUCCCACUUUGGGUCACAGCAGAGGUCUAAGUGGCUCUGUCCUUUUCCUUUUCAGAAUAUAAAGGAUCAUAGCACAGGUAAACAUUUUGGUGUUCAGUACUUUCAACCCCAGAGAUUUUAUUCAGAUAAAAGAUUUAUGGACAUUUCAGGAAUGUUUUGGGGGAAUCACUUGCAUGGAACUUUUGGGAGAACACCAAGACCUGUUUUGCAGUCUGCAUGGGCCCGUCCCCAGAGACCACAAAUAGGCACUCUUGAAAUGUCUGGGCCAGUGGUUCCCCGGGUAGGUCAUACCCAUUCUCUGGGUUCACAACUGGCAGGAGCAGUAGGGAAGCCACAGCCUGGGCAAGCCUAUGCCUGGGGAACACAGCUAGCUAAAGCAACUGGGAAAUUUAAGACUCCAAGGUCCUUUAUUGGAAAUCUUACCCCUCAAUCCUUUCAGCCAGCUGGAGGUCUGCAAACACUGGUAAGACCUGCUUCACAAGGAACCCAACUGAUGACAGGUAGAUCUUCAAAUCCAGCUUUCCAAACAGGAUUCUCUUCCAUGUUUACAAACAAACUUUUACCUAGCUCUCAAUUCAAAUCCCAUCAACCCAAACCAUCCCAGGGCAAGCACUUUCAGGCCAAACCAAACCAUCCUGAGGCUUCUCAACCUAAGCCAUCUCAGAAAACUGAUCCUUAGCCCCAGACCUCUUGGGCUAACACCUCUGCAUCCAGACCCACUCAAUCCCAGUCCUCCCAAUCUAAGCUUUCUCAUUCCAGAUCCAAAUCAUCGCAGGGCAGUUGUUCACAGGUUAAGGCAUUGCCCCAAAGAGCAAGGAGCAAGAGGACAGGGAAACAUUAAAAAGCGUGGUCCAGAAACCUGUGAAAUAUGUCUCUUACCAAACCACUCUUAUCCUAUAGUAACCUGAAAAUAGAUGCAGUGAAGGUAGAAGUCUGCUGGCAGCACGACACCAAAAAACCUAACUGGAUACCAUUAAAAUACCUCUUAGAGUUGUGUCCCUAAACUAGUGAAAAAAUAUAAAAGUAAAACAGAAUCAAACCAUAAAUAAAUGUAUUCCAAAUUGAGUAUCAGGCAAUAAGUAAUUUGAAUCUGUGGAAUGAGAUCAGUGAAACACCGUCACUUGGAGAAGAAUGUGUUUGUCUCUAAUAGCAAAGUCAUAAAAAAAAAAAAAAGGGCUCAGGUUUUCCCAUUGUUUGAAGAAGAACUGCCUUAAGUGUUCCCUGCUCCAGAUGUGUCUUGGUCAUUAAAUGUCUGGUUCAAGCCUGGCGUGAUGGUUCAUGCCUGUAAUCCCAGUACUCUGGGAGCUAAGGCAAGGAAGAGUGCUGUGAGUUUGAUGUCUGCCUGGACUACAAAGUGAGUUCAAGGUAAGCCUGAACUACAGAGGGAGACCUGUCUCAAAACCAACCAACAAACAAAACAAAACCAAGUUUCUAGUUUAUCAGCUGCUGACAGAUAGUCUUAUGGUACAUAUUGGGUUUAUUAGGUCACUAUGCUUAGGUAGCAACUCCAAUUUGCUGGGUUGAUAACUCUUUUAAUUGAUCCUUAUAGAUAGAAAUAAUGAACUAAAAAUAAUAAAAUUAGUUAUUUUAUGUUAACUUUAGAGACAGUUAAUAUAUGUUUCACAUUUUAAAUAUUUGAAAUAAGAAAAUUUGGCUUAUUAGAGACUCUCUUAAUAGCUUCAUGAUGCCAAUUAAAAUGUGGCACUGAGUUAAUUUUAGAGGUAAAAUUAAGUUGAGAAGAUUAAGAUAAGUUUAUAGUGUUUAUUAGAAACUAUUGAAAUGUUUAAGUUAAGACUUAUUGAACUGAUAAUUUUAUUAGAUUCAUGUUGCUCUAAACAUUUGAGUAAGAUCUGCUAGUUAGUAGCACUGUGUAAAAUAAAAAUGUUAGAUUGAAAAUAUUUGAGUAAAGCUUAACUAGGUUUUAAAGUGAUAAAAAUACUAGUAAAGAUUACCUUAAAGAUAGAUGUUAAAUUCACGAGGUAUGGAAAUAAAACAGUAAGAUUUACAAAUUAAACUUAGUAGCCCCAGUUUUUGAAUUUGUAACUUUAAUAAAAUUGCCACUAAUUUUAAAUGCUAAAAUAACAUCAAAUAGUCUUUUUGAGACAUAAAAUAAUGGCUUCAUAGAUACUAUACACACACACACACACACACACACACACACACACACACGAGUUAUAUAAUCUUUGAAUGUUGUGGACAGCCAUGCUAUGUAUACUUUGGUGGAGCCCAAACUUCAGGCCCUGCGGUCAUAAAGCAGAUGUUGACUUGCUUCAGGAACAGGGGAGUUUGUGUGGAAGUGUUAUGGUUUGUGUCUAGAUGUCUCUCCAAAGCUUCAUGUAAAGGGCUUUUUUAUAGGUAACUAAAUCUACAGUGUGUGAUGCAAGGAUUAAAGGUGUAUGAUUAGUAAAUCAGUCCACUGAUUGGUUUGGCAUGAUUCUGACUACAAUUGAGGGUAUGAGUGCUAUACCCACCCAAAGGUGGAUCUUCUACAUACAAAUAAGGGACAGAAAGGGUCUAGUCUCCUCCUCUUGUUGUUUUGUGUCUUCUGCUGCCAUGAACUGUUGCCCUCUGCCAUGUACCACCCUACCUUGGAGUCAACCAAUUAUGUACGGAAACCUCUACAAACUGUAAACUAAAUAAAUC